GCAAUUUUCAGAAGAGGGAAAAACCACUCCAGAAAAACCUCAACAUUCAAUGAUCAGCAAACUCGGUUCGCCAUCAAAAUUGAUUGUCAUUUUUUAAGCCCUAGAAAAGUGUAAUUUCAGCUCUGCUGCUUAUUAAUUCAGCGUUUUCAGAGAUAAAUGGAGAAGCAGGGAUCAGGUUCGCUGGAAUUACAAUGCGUCGGAAAACUGGAAAUCGCGCGGCCGAAGCCCGCCGGUUUUCUUUGCGGCUCAAUUCCGGUGACAACCGAUGAGGCUUUUCACGAUUUUAGCUCCGCCGCUCUAGUUCCGUCUCCGAAUACGUUAAGCGCUCCAAGGUAUCGGAUGAUUCCUGCAGAAACUGAUCUGAAUGCGCUCCCUUUACUAUCAAGUAUUCCUGAAAGAGUGUUACCAAUUGCCGCCACACAGGCAAAAACAGAUGGAGAUUCGUCCUGGCAAGGUGUGCCUAUUACGUCAAGUCUUGCAAGGAAAGGGGAGGCACUUGCUGUAACUGGUUUAGCAGAAUAUGGAGACGAGAUAGAUGUGAUAGCCCCAGCUGAUAUUCUAAAACAAGUAUUUAAGAUACCAUACUCCAAGGCUCGAGUCUCAAUUGCAGUUCACCGUGUUGGACAAACACUCGUCCUGAAUAGCGGGCCUGAUACUGAAGAAGGAGAAAAACUUAUCCGAAGGCAAAACCAUCAGCCAAAAUGUGUAGAUCAGUCCUUGUUUCUGAACUUUGCUAUGCAUUCGGUAAGAAUGGAGGCUUGUGAUUGCCCUCCGAGUCAUAACACAUCAACGGAGGAGCAGUUUAAAUCAUCUAUUUACACUGAUGAAUGCAUAACAAGUGAAGGGUCGAUUGGAUCCUCAAACCACCCGAAGCAAGGGCAUCAUGCAGCGGAUAGGCAGCGUGAAGGUAUUGUUCAGAAAGACAAAUAUGGCCAUCAAGAAGAGUUCCCCUCAGGCAGAAAGGAGGAUGAUACUUUCUGGGGGAAGAAAAAGAAUAAAAGACAUAAAGGUAGUGAAACUACCAAGAAGGUCUCAGAAGUCAAAGAAAAGCUUAGGUGCCCAGUUCAAGAAUCUGAAAAGUACAGAAAAGUUGGUGCAGAUGAUUUUCUACGGAUCCUAUUCUGGCAGUUCCAUAACUUCCGUAUGCUUUUGGGAAGUGACUUGCUAAUCUUUAGCAAUGAAAAAUUUGCAGCCGUGAGCUUGCAUUUAUGGGAUGUUUCACGGAAGGUCACUCCAUUGACCUGGCUUGAGGCAUGGUUGGACAACUUUAUGGCUAGUGUUCCUGAAUUGGCCAUCUGCUAUCACGAGAAUGGCGUUGUUCAGGGAUACGAGCUAUUGAAAACCGAUGAUAUUUUUCUACUGAAAGGUGUAUCUGAUGAUGGAACUCCUGCUUUUCAUCCUAAUGUUGUCCAGCAAAAUGGUCUUUCUGUUAUGAGGUUCCUUGAGGAGAACUGCAAACAAGACCCUGGGGCUUACUGGCUUUAUAAAAGUGCUGGAGAAGAUGUUGUGCAGCUGUUUGAUCUUUCGGUCAUUCCUAAAAACCAUUCUGCUGAUAAGUGUCAUGAUGCUACUGGCCCGUUGCCAUCUUGGAUUUAUGGGAGAAGAAGUGAUUCCGUUCUCUCCCUGGGCACUCUACUUUACCGAAUAGCACAUAGAUUAUCACUGUCAAUGUCUUCUAAUAACAGGGCAAGAUGCGCAAGCUUUUUCCAAAAGUGUCUUAGUUUCUUGGACGAACCAGAUCAUCUAGUGGUACGCGCGCUUGCUCAUGAACAAUUUGCAAGGCUCCUCUUGACCUACAAAGAAGAGUUUGAGUUAACAUCUGCAGUGCCUCCGGUAAAGUCAGAAGUUAUUAUUUCUGAUGCUGAAGAAGAGUCAGUAGAUUUUAUUAGUGGCUCAACAUCAAGUAUUCAAGAUAUUGUGUAUCCACCUGUCAGCACAGUUGAAAAGCCUGACAAUGCAGGUUCUCUACAACAUGUCGAACUAGAAAAGACUUCUCAGAAGUCAUGUGGCCAAGAUAUACCUUCACCUGAAAUGGAAGAAGUAGUAGAUAUGACAGCAGGAGGUAGGAAUUUUUCGGAUGUUAAUAGCUAUGACUUUGCAGCCUCUAAUUUGCUGAAAAAAACUGAAGAUCUGGUUCAGACUGUUUCUGAUCCACUGUCCUCUAAGCUUGCUGCUAUACAUCAUGUCUCUCAAGCCAUCAAGUCGCUCAGGUGGACAAGGCAAUUUCAGUCUGCUAGGCAAGAUCUGAACCUUGAAAAUGACGUUAAAGAUGAUUUGACUUCGUCAAUGGAUUUCUCUGUCUGUGCCUGUGGAGACUCCGAUUGUAUUGAAGUUUGUGAUAUUAGGGAGUGGCUUCCCACAUCAAAAAUAGAUGAUAAAUUGUGGAAACUUGUUCUAUUGUUGGGAGAAUCUUAUAUGGCACUUGGUCAAGUUUAUAAGGACGAUUGCCAGCUGUAUCAAGCUUUGAAGGUUGUAGAGCUAGCUUGUUUGGUCUAUGGAUCAAUGCCUCAAGACACAGGAUUCAUUUCUUCCAUGGUUUGUAGUUCAUUCACCCCAAAUGAUGAUAAAAGGGAAAAUGAGUCUGCUAUGAAUGGUGAUGUUCUUGUGUCCUCUAAUUAUCUCUUCUGGUCUAAAGCUUGGACUCUUGUGGGUGAUGUACAUGUUGACUUUUAUUUGAAGAAAGGUCAAGACGUCUCAAGCCAAAGAGAAGUGAAAGAAUGCACCAAGAGCUUGAAAAUAUCAUCUGAAGUAUUGAAAGAGGUUGUAAGGCUGAAGAAGAAGAUAGGGCAAUUUACGGAAAACUGUCGUUCUUGUUCUUUAGUGAACUGCAGCUGCCAGAGUGACAGGGCCAGUAGCGGCAGCAGUGCCAGCAGCAGUGCUCGGGAUGCAUACCCAUCUGCUUAUGGUAGAAAGCAGAAUAAGAAACCACAUGGCAGAAACAGCCUCUAUACACAUACUGGGGACAACAAUAAUCAUGUUUCUCAUAAAGUGGGCCUGAAAAAUACUUAUGGACCCGAACAUAUAAAGCAUCCGAAGAGUGAUAUUGAUAGUAGGAAUGAGAAUUUUACACUUUCAGAUGCAAUGGAGGAGAUGAAUUUGAAAACUGCCAGCUCUGAAACAGCUGAUGUUUCAAAAGAAAAAGAUAAUGCAAGGGGCGCAGAAGAAACUCAUCCAGAAGCUAUUUCCACAGGAAAGUCUGCAGCUAAAAGUGGUGGUAUAUUUAAAUUCUUGAGAGGUUCUGUGAGUGGAGAUGCAGACUGUAAAUUGUCUGGUGCACUAAGCUGUUAUGAAGAAGCUCUCAAAGCUAUGGGUAGGCUUCCUCCUAGUUCAAUGGAAUCACAAUCAGUACUGAAAAAGAAAGGAUGGGUGUGCAAUGAAUUAGGGAGAAACAGGAUCGAAAGGAAGGAUUUGAGCAAAGCUGAAACUGCUUUUGCCAAGGCAAUAGAUGCAUUUAGAGAAGUUGAGGACCACACCAAUGUCAUCCUGAUCAACUGUAACUUGGGCCACGGGCGCCGUGCAUUAGCAGAAGAUAUGGCAUCAAAAGUUGAAAGUCUCAAGAAACAUGCCAUGUUCCAAAAUGCAUAUAUGCAGGCACUCGAGACUGCCAAAUUACAGUACAGGGAAGCACUCAGGUACUAUGGAGCUGCCAAAACAGAACUUAAUGCUUUUAUUGAAAAAGUCGGUCCCCUAUCCAGCAGUGUCAAAAAUGAAGUAUACACGCAGUUCGCACAUACGUAUCUGAAGCUUGGUAUGCUACUAGCUAGGGAAAACACUUUUGCCGAGGUUUAUGAAAAUGGUGUUCUGGAAGAUUGCUCUAGUCCUUCACCGAGUCGAACUCAAAUUGAACACAGGAAGCAUGAAAUAUCAGCAAAUGAUGCAAUUCGGGAGGCCUUGGCUGUCUAUGAGUCACUUGGUGAGGUGAGGCGACAAGAGGCGGCAUAUGCUUAUUUUCAACUUGCUUGUUAUCAAAGGGAUUGUGUUUUGAGGUUUAUGGAGUCGGAUCAAAAGCAAAACACUUUAAACAAAGUUGAAAGCAGUGUUGUUCAAAAGGUAAAGCAGUAUGCUGCCCUCGCAGAAAGGAAUUGGCAAAAGUCCAUUGAUUUCUAUGGGCCAAAAACACACCCUGUGAUGUUCUUGACUAUCCUUAUUGAUAGAUCAGCUUUGUUGCUUAGCCUUUCAAGUUACCUCCGCUCAAGCAUGAUGCUUGAAUCAGCCCUAACUCGUCUGCUUGAAGGACGCCUUGCAUCUGAAAGCACAUCGCUUCGUGAUCAAACUCCUGAGAUUUGUGCUAAGUUUUGGAGUCAGCUUCAAACAGUCUUGAAGAGUAUGCUGGCCACAGCACGCUCCACGAGAGCAAAUAAACAUCCUAUCAUCACUCAGCAAACCCCUAGUAAAUCUUCCGAUGCAAAAAAGCUUUCAGAGCUUUACAAGAUCUCUUUGAAGUCACCCAAUUUCGGUCAGCUGAACAAGAUGCACAGCUUGUGGACCUCGUAGCUAGAAUAUCUAAUGCAACUAUGCGUGAUUGCUGAAGAUUUAACUAGAAUUGGGCAGAUGCAUAAUUGCUGAAGUUUUGGGAUUUCGAUUAUUUUGCCUGAAUCUUUGAUGUCAAGACGAAGAUUGAUUGGAAUUAGUACGGUUUCAGAUUGUAGUGGAUUCGACCAAUAUGGAUAAUAUUGUUUGAAUUUUGAAGGUUUGACUCGAUACGGUGUGGAUGGUCUUCUGUUAGAACGAUGAUGCUGAUCGUGAACCAUGUUUCUGGUUUGGCGCAUUGGUCCUUUAGUAAAUUAGACCGAUGUUGUACGGGCAUGGAUGGUCUUUUGUUAAUAGGAUGCUGACCAUGAACCAUGAUACAGAUGGUGCUCGUGUUAUGCUACAUAUUUUAUUUGAACACUAUUGCUCGUGUUAUGCUACAUAUUUUAUUUGAACACUAUC